CGCCGUGAGAUACGACCGCGUCGCUUCAUCAACUGCCAAUAUCCUUCUCAUUGUUAGUAUGAAGAGAUUGCUCGAAACAGUAAAAUCGCAAUUUGAUCGGUUUAAAUAAAUUUGAUACUCGCGAUUCAAAAUAGUACUAGUUAACAGUACCGUUGUUACAAAGUGUAAUUUGUUAACAAUUUUCAUAAAUAUAGUAUACAUAUCGUACGUAUACAAGAAUACUGACAAGAAAAGUGAUAAAAGUCAAAAUUUUUCGAUUAUUGUUUCAUAUGCGGAUCGUAUACUAAAUACAUUGGCCUUCAAUCAGAAAAAUGCUGUAAACGAAACUAAGUAUGGCAUUAAGAAAUAUUUCAUUAAAUAUCAAACUAAUAUUUAUUGUGAUUACAUUUUUCUCUAUAUCACAAUUUGUAAAAAGUGACACUGAAGUUAAUCACCAUUUGCUGAGUAAUGCUGGUUUAGUACCAUUGCAUUAUGAUGUCAACAUAAAACUUGACAUUAAUAGAAAUAUCUUGCACGGCGAAUGCAAUAUUACCAUCAAUAUUACACGUCCAAUGAUGAAUAUAAGUAUACCUUCAAUAAAUUUCGGGAUAUAUAAAAUUGACUUGACUAGCAAUGAUGGCAAUAAAAUGAUACACGUACCGAGAUAUUCAUUUAUUAAUGAAACGCACAUUUAUAUUGACUUCACCAACCCAUCUGUAAAUAUUUUACUUCCUGGAACAUAUAUCUUACACAUGAUAUAUUUCCGCAACAUAUUUGAUGAAAUUUUUCUCGGAUACGAAGAAGACACAGGUGAAAAAGUAUUAACAGAAACUGGUGUUGAGGUAAUAAGAGCCCAACAAAUAUUUCCAUGUUGGGACGAACCAGCGAUCGAGAGCACCUUUAACAUUUCUAUUAUGCAUGACAUAUGGUUUACAGCCCUAUCGAAUAUGUUGAUAAAUAGAAAAGAAUAUAUAGAAAGUAACAUGAUACGGACACAUUUUCACAAGUCGCCUUUAAUGUCCAUUAAACGUCUAACGAUUGUGAUAACCACAUUUAUUAAUAUAGUUUUGCAAUUUCAAACUUCGUCUUCCUAUGCCACAAUUUGGUGUAGAAUAAACAUGACACGCUCUUUGGAUUUUAAUCAACUCAUCAUUGAAGAGGUAUUCCAUUUUUUGAAUAAAAGAAUUCAGAUGAUAAUACCAAAAAUAGAUUACGUUGCAAUUUCGGGGGCCCAACACGGUAACAUUGAGACAUGGGGACUCAUUCUACACAGGGAAGAAGAUAUUACUUACAAUGAAGCAUUAGAUUCCAUUGCACGCAAAAUAGAAGUGGCUAACUUACUAGCACGUCAAGUAAUAUCUCUUUGGUACGAUUAUUUGUCUUGGCCAAUAGAAGGUUUUACUACAUACUUUGCAGCGCAUAUCUUGAAAAAGAUUUCGUCGAUAUCCUACAUACAUGACUUAUUUAUUGUCCAAGUACUACAAGAUUCUCUUCGCUUUGACAUUCCUUCAUAUAAUUAUAAUUCUAUACUACACAGUAAUAACUUAGAUGUUCAAAUAAAUAAAACUUUCCUUAAUUAUAUCAAACCACCCGUUUUAUGGUAUAUAUUACAACAUAUCCUACAAGAAAACAUGUGGAAUAGUAUCCGCACAUAUACUGAUAACCGCGCAUACACUAGAUAUAAUCAGUCAAGUUCGAUAAACACCAAUGAUUUAUGGCACAUUAUACAAACUUUCGAUCUUUCUCCUUAUUUUUCUGUAUUAAGUUUAAAAGAAUAUAUUGACAUUUGGAUAAAGAAAAAUUAUUAUCCUGUACUGCACGUGACAUUAAACGCAACAAAUGACAGGAUAUCAUUCUCAUAUCUCAGUUCUUCGUAUAUCAACGAAAACAUGGAACAACUUCCCGCAUUAGUAACAUAUACGAUUAUACAAAAAGAAGCUAACAAUACUUUUGACGUAUCUUUUUUGCUAUCACCGCUACGUAAAACACUUAUGAAUAUUAAAAAUGUAUUUAAGGUGGUUGAUGAAAAUUAUUGCGUCAUAGUCAAUGUUAACCAAACAGGAUAUUAUCGAGUUAAUUAUAAUUAUGAGGGCUGGCGUAAACUUGUGCAAUGCUUGAGAAAAAAUUAUACAGUACAUGUUCUCAAUCAAGCCCAAGUCAUAGAUGAUGCGUUUCACUUUCUCAUACAUCGCCGACUCAGUUUAAAUAGGUUUUGGAAUAUCGUAAGCUUUCUGUCACAAAAUACGAAUUACGUAGCAUGGUAUCCUAUGAUUAAAGCUUUUGAAUACAUGGCUUGUGCCUAUUCAUUUCAUCAUGCUACACCCAUAACGGACAAUAUGCGAAAUAUAUUGAACAGAGUUUUGGAAAUAAUAGGAUACGAUGAAAAACCGAACGAAAGCGACCUUACUAAAUGUUUAAGAGAGGAAGCAGCAAGAUGGGCAUGUAUUAUUGGUGUUGCUAAAUGCAGAGAAACAGCCACUUUACAUCUGAUAAAAUACCUUAAAAAUCCUGUACAAGACAAUCGGUUUACAUGGAAGGAAUGGAAAUAUUGUAAAGGUUUAAUGUUAGCAAACUACACCCUUUGGAACCAUAUACGAGAAAAAUGGACAACAUCUGAUAACAGAAUAUUAGAUUACUUAACUUGCUGUAAAAAUUCUUCAAUUAUUAUCUUGUAUUUAAAACAAUCGUUAGGACUAACUAUAGAGUAUAAAUAUUUUAUCCAAGAACGAGACAAACGUGUUGAUAUAGUUGUUCUUACUGUCGCGAAGCAUGUAAGGGACUUGAUAGUGUUUGAAUUCAUAUUGAAAUGUUUAAGAGACAGGCAAAUCGUAUUAAGUAAAUAUUGGGAAGUUGAUAGAAUUGCAAUAUUAAUUAUCAGUAUUACGCAUGUGCAUUCCGCACACCAAUUACAAGAGGUAAAUAUCUUUGCAACAACUUAUCUGAAAGAAAAGAGGCUAAUUGAUGCUGUUAAAGAUAAAAUUAGUAAACAUAAAUUGGAGCGCAACAGACAAAUAGAUAAUUUCGGAUCUCUCAGUCAACAUGACGACGACUGAACUCUCACAACAAAGUAGAAGGAGUCUGUAUUCAAUCUUCCCGUAAUUCGCAUCAACUAUGAUUUUGUGGCUGUUGUACUAGCCAGUAUUGGACCAACACUGGAUGCCAAUUCUGGCAUUUAAUACUAAUGGAACGUUAUUAUUAUUCCAACUGGCAAACUUUGCAUCGUUAACAGUGAUACAUUAGUUAGAGUUAUUAUACAUUAUAUAAGUUAAUUAAUCAGUACUAAUUUUUACUGUUGUCUAGUAUCACGCCAGUGCUUCUCAGUAUUACAAAUCCGGCUGUCAGCAUCGAGCUAAUACUGUGUUUGUGGUAAACUUGAAAACGGAAAUAAAUAGCCAAACAAUUGAAUUUUUGAAAGACAAAGCAUAUAACAAUGUAUAUAGUAUAUAGACACAGCUAUAGCAAUGUUAAAUUAGAAUAAAUAAAGAAAAUAAAAAUUAUAAACUUUCUCAAAGAACAAUUUUAUGCUCACACAACAAAAUGUACAUUCACAAAAAACAACAUUGAAUAGAAUGUCUUAGUUAAAUAUUAGUACAAUUUUUAAUAGGUUCAAGUGACGAACAACAUUGAUAAAUGUAAAUAAAUAAAAAAGUGGAAAUAAAAUUGGCGCAUUGGAUGGUUCAAAGUAAUUAAUAUUUAUAAAUCACGAGUGUACUUAAUUAUUGAACAAAUUAGUUGCAAUAUAUUAUUGCGGAAAAUAAUAUUUCUAAUC